ACUUCCGACGUCGGUACUGACCUUGAAGACUAUAAACAACUCUUAGACAAUAGUAGGAGUAGAUUGAGUUUAGUCUGUUGUUUGACUUUUACGAAAUAUGAGUUGGUCACAUAAAGCUCAAGCCUUAAAGAGUUACAGUGAACAAUAAGUUUCAAAUUGACUAGUAAAUUAAUAAUUACAAUAAGUCUAAGUGAUUGAGGACAUCUGAUAAUAGGUAUAAGGGUUAGGAUGUAUAAAUAUUUUUUAGCUAUACUUACAAACACUAUUGCAGACAAUUCUUUAAUUUCAGAGUACUGCUGUGUUGUAAGACAUGCUCUCAUUUUGAACCAACCUGCUACUAGACAAGGAAGCCUGUUAAGCGAAAGCUUCUAUUCCGUUCACAACCAUUUGAACUCCAGUUAGACAAUAACUACGAAAACUAGUAUUUAGAAUUCUUCAUUUGUCAGAAUGAUCUCUUUGUGGCUAUCAUAAGGUGUUUCCUUUCUUUCCUUAGAUACGAGGACUGUCGGUGCUCUUGACCAAUUAGAUAGGGUUUGUACAACUCCUAGACUAGUAGACGUUGCAACCAGCUGUUCUGCUAAAACUGGUGUAUCAUCUUUAAAAACUCUGAGUUAACCCAUCAGAAUGAUUUUCACACCGCUAGAGUUUUCGCAUGUAUUCUUUGUUCCACUAGCUCUAAAAUCGACGAUCGGCUUGUAAAGAUAGGCUCAUAACUACUCAUACUAAAGGUAUUUAGUGAUACGUUUGUAGAUUUGUGCUAUGUAUUUCGAUUCCUUAUAUUUGCGUAAAAGGACCUAAAUAUGGUUAAGACUUGUGUUUUGGGUUAACUUAGUUGAAUAAGAUGGAUUUAAUCCCAUUACUCAUUAGAUAAGCUUAUUAUCUGGAACACUAGUCAACACCAUCAUGACUGUUACAAUAUGGUAUGUUGCGCUGAAUUAAUUCCAUAAGUUCAAAUACACCUUUUAUCUUCUUUCCUUAAUAUUUAUGUGGUGGAAUAUUUCGCUACGUUCUUUAGCACAAAUUUAUUCAAGUACCUAAAAGUUAUGUUGAUUCAGCACUGAUUGGUAAUAUUACGGCAGGUUUCAGCAUUCGAUGAAGUGGAAUAAUUCGGACGCUAAAUGUUUGAAGAUCAGAGUAACACUACAUGAAUCUGAGCUGGAGUUUAACAUAUCGGUAUGUUUUAUUUCUACAAUAAGCACCUUUGCUCCAGCCUAAAAGCACAGGAAAAUACCUCUUCGACCUAGUCUGCAGUACAAUUGGCUUGAGAGAGACGUGGUAUUUCGGAUUACAAUUUUAUAGCUUCUUUCCAAAUGGAAGAAUGCAACUCUCUCACUGGCUUAAAUUAGAUAAGAAGAUUGUUUCACAAAAACCAGAAGAUAUCUCUAAGUCUCUUUGCUUCUUUUUUCACACCAAAUUCUUCCCUGAAGAUGUUGAACAGGAACUAAUACAAGCUACAACUCGUCGUCUGUUCUAUUUAAGUGUUAAAUCCACCAUUUUAAAUCGGAGCGAAUCCAAUAUGAAUGGGAAUUGUUUUGGCGAUCUUUGUCCGUCCCUCGAUGUGGCUAUUCUUCUUGCCUCAUUGGCGUCUCAGGCGGAAUAUGGUGAUCUUUGUGAGGAAGAGCUUAGUGAUACAGAGGAACUCACAUACUUACCACGCCGUAUUCUCAGAUUAAUUCCAGCUCAACUAUGGACCCAAAUACAGUCCACUCAAGGUGUAACACAAAAGUUUCGGGAACAUUAUAAAUCCCACAAGGGAAUGAAUCGCGAUAAGGCGGAACUUCAGUAUCUCAAGGUAGCCCAGAUGCAUAACCUUUUUGGGGUGGAUUUUUUCCCUAUUGUCUAUGUUCGGAUGAAGUUUCCUCGAACUUUAAGCUCGACGCAGAACGAAUCAACUCUUUGGGACAACACUAAUCAGUGUCACGCAAAUGCUUGGCUUGGCGUUACAGCUGCAGGUCUUCAACUGUAUGGAAAGUGUCAACGUGAUCCACCUCAAUUUACAUUUCCUUGGAAUAUGAUAAAAAAUGUUUCAUAUCGCGAACGCAAAUUUACGAUCAAGUUGACCAGUACCUGUCGUGGAACAAACAAACCUAGUCAAAAUACAUCUAUUCAUACCCUAUUGAAUGAAACCAGAGGACCAGUUGUUAUUUCAUCCAAAGCAAGUCAGCCCAAUCGUAGUCCUCUUAUUAGUAUUACAGGCCAAGCUUUUGUUGGCGUUGCUGUAGGUUCUAGUGCAGGAGGUAGUGGGACGUCUGCCGCAAGCUUACCUAGCACUCCAAUAUCAGCUCGUCUUGUCCCUUCAGUUCCACCUGUUUCUCCAAAUUUACUUGAUACGUCUGUUAACCUUUCAUCUCCAAGAGCUGUUUCCAAGUUUGAAUCAUGCGAUACUGCACAACAACUGGGUGCUUCAAAAGGCUUCAAAGGUCGUGCUAAAGUUCUUGAACUAGGUUCACGCUGCAUUCCUGGUUUAUCGAUCAAAUCCUCUCGUUACUCUGCUAAUGAAUUCGCAGUUACGAGGACUAGUGUGAAUUGUCUUCGUGGCCCUAGGGUUCAGUCUGCGGAAAACAAUGUCUCACUGCCGUCGAAAAGUUUGCUUAAAUCGUCUAAUCUGAAUUCUGAGACAGUAUUAAUCAGUGUUGUUGAAGUUUGGUUGGCAGACCCAAAUCAAGCUAAAACAGUUAUGUCUAUGUGUGCUGGUAACCACUCACUGUUCAUGAGACGUCGUCAGCCGGAUAGCAUUGAGGUCCAGCAAAUGAGAGCACAAGCAAGAGAAGAGAGAGCCAGACGAGAGGUUGAAAGAGCACGACUGGCAAAAGCACGUGCAGAAAAGGCUGAGGCUUUAGAAGCUAAAUCAGUUUUAGAGGCUCGGUGUGCUCAACUUGAAGAGGCACUAAUACACCAGCAAACGCGCCAAAACCCUUAUAACUUUGAUAACCAUGAUCGUUUGAUCAAUACCUAUGUAGCCAAUUCGCCCUCCACUCAUGCUUCUCAAUGUAUAUCCACUCAAUACAACUGUAAAGUUGCUUUCAGUCACACGAAGAAAGAAAAUCAAAAAGACGUUAAAAUUGAUGGUAUACAUAUACCCCAAACGUUGAAUAACGAUGAUGAUGACCAGAAAUCUAUUUCUAAUCCCACUGAAGAUAAUGAUAAAACUACUAGUGAUAUGAAUGGUGAUCGAUGUGGCAACUACUUUGAUGACUAUAGUUUCUAUCCACCAGUAACAAAUUCGGAUGGAUAUCCAGUACAUCAUGGAAAAUCUUGGGAUGAUGGAAUUCAGACAGACCAAAAUAAUUUGGUUUAUACUGAUUCUCUAUAUCCAAACAUUCCAGUAAAUUCCUUCCUUGUUUAUUCUAAGUAUACUGAUCAUCGAUUUGCUCCGGGUUCAGCAUCUGUCCCUGUUACACCUCACGUUAAACGCACAGAAGUGAUAUUCGAUAGGGGUGCAGAUCAUUACCCUCAGUCAUCUUUGUGGCCGUUUGAGUCAACUAGCUGUCCAGUAGAUCUACAUAGCGAACAUUCUGUUUGUAGGACUCCAUCGAACAAAAAGGUGGUUUUGUAUCCAUCUUAUUUGGUCACUAACCUUGGUCCAGUGUAUCCUGAUGGUGCUUUCUGUGGCAUUGCCAUCAAAUCGUUAUUGUCUGGAAAUCAUUGUCUAACUGGUAAAAUACCAGUAGUAUCUGUCGGGGAGUCCAUUUCCAAAGAACCGGAAGCCUCUUUCGCUCCGUUUGUUAUUGUCUCAGGUAGCUUGCCUGCUCUUCACAAUGACGAAGUUUUAAAUUCAAAAUCUCGUACCGGACCAACAGAUGUCUCUCAUUGUAAUCAUAAUCCGUGUGCUUGUGCAGUAAUGUCAACUGAACACCAACCUCCGACAAUCUGUCACAUACACUCUCCACCUCAAACAAUUAUUCGUGAGGUCUCUUAUACUGUACCAACAAGUGUUCUGAGACACCCACAGUACUACACACCAAGUUGUCACGUUCAGUUCGUCCCACACGACCCAGUAGAUCGCAGCCAAUAUAUGUAUUCGAGUCCAUCUUUGGCUGCAAUACUUUCUCCUAUUGUUACUCAACGUUUGCAUCGUCGAAUGUCUAAUCGUCCACAGCCUAAUCGUGGCUUAAAGCGACAGCAACCGCAGCCGAAAAGCUCAAUAUCAUCUGACUCAGUUCAUAUUCCCUUAAUAGAACGUUCGACAAGUUACAUGCAAAUACCUUACUCAGAAAACGACUGCGGAUUAGCGUCUACAGAGGAGUUUAAUUUAACCAACAAGGACUUUUUAUCCCGUCCUACUAGUCGUGGCUGUUCUUUUCAAUAUACACCUUGUUCCACAAACGUGCAUUCAAAAUACCAUGACUUUCAGACAGGUAACUUUUCGAUCUUUGCAAUAGCAUUUUUCCAUGUCUUUCUUGUUUCGCUUUAAACUCAAACCAUUUGGAUCCGUUUAUGCAUAUUCAGUAUUAAUGUGUUUAGUGCAUAUCUUUAUGUAGGUUCUCGUAACUUUUAAUUUGAACAACAUUAGCAUAAAUGUUAGGAAAUUUUAAUUAUGCACUUUAGUACAACGAGUGAGUUACAUUUCAGUUUCACAUGAUUCUGUUUGCUCACUAAAUUUUAUGUACUUUAUGUAUAAAUUAAUCUUAACUCAACUGCGGACUUUCAUUCUAUCUCCAGGUAUUAAUAGCUCAUGGAAGUUCAAACGUUUGUGUUUGGUAUGUGAUUUGUUGUGUCUGUCUGUUCGUUUAAAAUCUGGUGUGUUUUUUUAAAUUUGUUAUCUACACUGUUUUUCCCUCUUAAUUGCUUUUGCUUGUAUCAUUCUAAUCUGUUUUGUGUUGUGACAAGAAGCAGAGUUUUGGUUUACUAUCACAGUUAAACUAAUGAUUUCCGCUUACGUAAUGUGUCAAAGCUACAUGAUAAUUUGUGUUCAAUCCUUUAGUAAUGAAGUUCGUUACAACCUUUUUUUUAGGCCGCAGAUAUCCUACUGAAGUUUAUCCCAAUCCACUAUUAUAUUAUCAAUUUCACUCUCCUACAACAAAUGAAUAUCUGCGCCGCGCUACUAGUCUUGACGUUUCAUCUGGGAAUAAUGAUCUUUUGUGGAAUCUAGCACCUCAUGAACUGUUAUCUCGAACAAGCGAACGUAAUGAAGAUGAGAAUGUCUAUCUACUGGAAUCAAAUCCUCCUUAUUCUCAACGCAGUUUCUUAACAAAUCAGUUACAGGAGGAAAGAGCUCACUUUGCAUUCCUUCAAACACAAUUUUCACGCCAGUUGUGUGAUACGUGGGGAUAUUUAAAAGCCGCUCGUGGUCAGCAAUGCGAUAAAUUAUGUGAUUUGGCAACCCAUGGGAUUGGAAGUAAUAUUUACAAUAAUCCUUCCUCCUAUGGUUGCGAACUGCGGUGUGAUCCGGCUGGCGCUUCGGAUGGUGCAUCCACUGGUGGAGGCAACAUAUGCAGCAUGUGCGGUUCUAGUGCAUAUGAUGGGCACGAUCAUCUUCACGACACAAGUCCUGACCAUCAUUUCUAUGAACCGUACUCACAAUUAAACCAAGAUAUUUCAUCACCUGAUGACUCAGGUGUUAGUAAUUUAAGAUUGAUGAUCAAUGGUGGAAGGUCCGAGAACAAAUUAGAAGGAAAUGUCAAUGUGUCAGAUCAAGAGUGGCAGUCUAGUGCGCAAUCGAGAUUUGCCUAUAUGAACUUAUACACACAAUCAACGAAAGCAUUCUGAAUUCAAUUUCCUGCACACUUCUAACCCUUUCAAUUUGUUUGUUACAUUCAUCGUUUUCGUUUUGCGUAAAGCCUUGUAUAUAAAAGACUUCACUAUGUACAUAGACUUUUUAUAUGCUAAUCGAGCAAAACUACCACCAUCAUCAUAGGCAGCAUCAGUACAAGCACUAGAGCCAGAAAAUCAGUUUGGAAAUUCUCCGGUCGUUAGCUUAUUUGCAGUAAGUGUAGUUGUGGCAAUACAUCUGCAAUAAAAGCAUGUCUCCCGGACGUGACUCAUUCGACUCGUACGCUUCAAAUGGACAACAGUUAUGAAAACAGUCUGGCCGACUACAUGUACGUCAUUCCACUUUCCGUAGGACGCGUCAUCGAAUUUAAUAUACCAUCUUACUACACCUGAUCGUCAUCACUUAGGAAUGCAGACCAUAUUAUCACACUUGAAAUUGUCUGAUCUAUAACUUGGGUAGGUUACAUGGAAUGCACUAGUCAUGGGAGAAAGGUAGAAGCCAGCUAAUAACUGCUUUUAGUUCCUAUACAUAGAAAUCACGUGACUACGAUCAAGAAAUUUAAAAUAGGAAGAUAUUCGUUGGGUUCUACAACAUUUCAAUAGGAACGGCUAAGUUUAUCACAUUUAAAAUGCGCGAUACGCCGUCCUUCGAACCACAGCAGACUGUUUGAAGUCACGGGUUCGCAAAUAAAAGACUGACAUCCUGGAUUGUCUUUAGUUAAUACAAAGUCAAUAUCGAGUAGUGUCUGUCCAAAAGUGUGAAGUAUUCAGUACUUUCAUUUUGAAAAUCCAUUCCGCAGCUCAGACCAUAGCUUUUUGCCUCAAGAUAGCCACUUCCUGUCUCAAAACUAUUCGUACACUUACCCUAUACUGAUUUGUUUGGGCAAAAUAUCAGCUACGCCCCACUGCCGCUUUCUGAUAAACAAGAAUUCAUACUACUUUUGCAAAAGUCUCCAGUUUGGGGCGUCAAGGCAGAACGGGAAACCAGGCUGUAAAGAUGGACCAUGUCCUGUAUUGUAUAGGUCUCUUGUUUUUCUCACUUCAUAUAGGUCACACGCUAUGAAUAAGCAACCUAACUGUUGAGCAAUAAGCGUGUCAUCAACAGUUUUAUCGGUCUACAUUUUAGGGUUACUUUGGCUGUACGUACCCACAUACGCUGCGAGAUUAAUCUUGUCGAAAUAGCUCAAAAUUUCGGAUCAGGAUAUAGUGAUUGCAUCUAGCAGAUGGUCACAACUUAGUUCAAUCCAUACUUAUGCGUUAGUGUACUCAACGUCGAACCUUUACUUCAACGAACAUUUCGUAUGACAGAUAUACACCAGAUAAUCGUACUAGUUGUAAUUUCUAAUCCGAAAACCAAAACAACCUGGGAACGUUUCAAGAUUACUACGAAGCUACCUACCGCACCAUGUUUCAUACUAUUUAAGAAAUUUGUUACGAUAGUUUAUAUAACAUAUACUUCUGGGAUUUUUGUAAGACGUGACGACGAAUGAUAUGGACGGAGGAAUCGCGUAAAUUAAACAAACUACUCUCGAAUGCAUGUUGACCGAACGCUGCACCCAGCUCACUCCGCAUAAAUUGGUUAUUUUGCUCCACGAUAUCUGAAUAACGGGCAACAAUUUGUGAUGUAAGCUAGCCCACCAUGUAAGUACAACUGAAUCUUUGAAAACGGAUCAUCUUGUGACAUCUGAAUUGAUAUCACCUUAUAUGACACAUAGUGAUGGAGAAAACAUUAUAACACCACAACAAUAUAUUUCUU